GCCAAAGCCAAGUUGCGAGUCGAAUUUGUCAGCGGAGAAAACACGCUGAAGCAACCCAUCCGUACCAAUUCCCAACUCUCGAUUUCGCAUCUUCAGCCAUCGUCCCCAUUUGCCAUUAAGACUAAAACAUUUGUUUAAGCAAAAUGCUCUUCAUUUGAUACCUUUCCUAUUAAUCAAUCAUAUCGUGUUUACGAAUCUUCAUCAGCAUUUGUUCUUCCAUUUGAUCCGUCGUUAUGUACCCACAACAACCACCGCCAUCGUCUUCAUCGUCCUCCUCCGAUCCGGCAGCCAAUUAUUGGGAGACUCACGUCAUGGGAACACCGGUACCCCCUUCCUCCAACCAAAACAACCCCCACGCUCCUCCCAAUCCCUACGCCCAAUACGGCGCCCCUCCGCCUCAACCUCCGCCCAACAAUAUGGAUAACGUCAAGAAGAAACUUAAUAUGUGGGGCAACAAGGCGGAGGUCGCCGCUACCAACAUCUGGAGCAAUUUGAAAACGGGGCAAUCUGUAACCGGAUCUGCGUGGGGGAAAAUGAGUUUGACAGCGAAAGCGUUAACUGAAGGUGGAUUUGAAUCCCUUUACAAACAGAACUUCACGACUUACCCACACGAGAAACUCAGCCGGACUUUUGCUUGUCACUUGUCGACGUCCACCGGACCUGUCGCCGGAACUCUUUAUCUCUCUAACAUUCAUGUUGCCUUCUGUAGCGAUCGCCCCUUGUCUUCCAUUCAACCCAACGGCAUGGAGGCUUGGAUCCACUACAAGGUAAUAAUCCCAUUGGAGAAGAUAGCCACAGUAAACCCAAUCACAAUCCCAGGCAAGAAACAAAUAGACAAGUACAUUCAGCUCUCUACAAUCGAUUGUCAAGAUUUCUGGUUUAUGGGUUUUGUGAAUCAUGACAAAGCAUCAAAACAUCUUCUAGCCGGUGUCUCCACUUGUGUUAAAUCAGUCCCAAUUCAUCAAUAAACACUUGGGCGUUUGUAAUGUGUUUGUAUGGUGUUUAUUUACUAUAUUGUUUGAUAGAUAAACACAUUAAUUACCCAUGGC